CCCGAGGCUGGCGGCCGGCCCGGGAGCGAGCGGCGGGAGCUCGGCCCCGGCGGGCGGCGGCGGCGGCGGGAUGCGCUCCGUCAGCUACGUGCAGCGCGUGGCGCUCGACUUCGGCGGCAGCCUCUUCCCGCACGCCAUUUGCCUGGGGGACGCCGACAACGACACGCUGAAUGAGCUGGUGGUAGGAGACACCAAUGGGAAACUGUAUGUGUACAAGAAUGAUGACAGCAAACCAUGGACUAUGCGAUCCUGCCAAGGAAUGCUCACAUGCGUUGGUGUGGGAGAUGUAUGCAAUAAAGGAAAGAAUCUUGUAGUGGCAGUGAGUGCAGAAGGCUGGUUUCAUCUUUUUGACUUGACUUCUCCACCUUCAAAACACCCAGAAGCUUCUGGCCACCAUGAGUUGGCAGAAGAGCAGAAGCCAGUGUUCAAGCAGCAUAUUCCUGCCAACACCAAGGUCAUGCUGAUCAGUGACAUUGAUGGAGAUGGGAAGUGUGAGUUGGUGGUAGGUUACACUGACAGGGUGGUGCGUGCUUUCCGUUGGGAGGACCUGUCGGAGAAUUCAGACCAUGUCUCUGGGCAGCUGAUCCUGCUGAAGAAAUGGCUGCUAGAAGGUCAGGUGGAUAGCCUUUCUGUGAACCCAGGCCCUGAAGGCUUACCGGAGAUGAUGGUGUCCCAGCCAGGCUGCGGUUAUGCCAUUCUGCUGUGCACCUGGAAUUCUGAGCAGCAGCCUGCAGCCGAGGGAAGGGAGAGCUCUGCCUCCAGCAGGGAAGCCCCUGUUCGAGAUGUUAUUCUCCACCAAACAUCUGGCCGAAUUCACAACAAGAAUGUUUCUACUCAUCUGAUUGGUAGCAUUGGCCGAGGCUGCUCCAGUGAGAAUAGUGGCUCGGGUCUUUUUGCCCUCUGUACUCUGGAUGGGACACUGAAACUUAUGGAAGGGGCAGACAAGCUGCUCUGGUCUGUGCAGGUUGAUCACCAGCUGUUUGCUCUGGAAAAGCUGGAUGUUACUGGCAAUGGGCACGAGGAGGUGAUUGCCUGUGCAUGGGAUGGUCAGACGUACAUCAUUGACCACAAUCGAACUGUUGCCAGAUUUCAAGCAGAUGAGAAUGUCAGUGCGUUCUGUGCAGGCCUCUAUGCAUGCAAAGGAGGAUGCAACAGCCCCUGCUUGGUUUAUGUCAGCUUCAAUCAGAAGAUCUACAUCUACUGGGAUGUGCAGCUGGAGAGAAUGGAGUCCACCAACCUGUUAAAAAUCCUGGAGGAUGACCCAGAGUUUGGCAGUCUUCUGCAGGAGCUAGGUGUGGAUAAAGAUGACGUUUCUGCAGUGAAAGAUCUGAUUCACAAAACACUGUAUUUUCCUGAGAGCCAUCAGCCUAACAGCCCCUCACAGUGUCAGGACCCUGCUGGAACAGACUCCUCUGCCUACCACACUGCCCUCCUGGAUUCCUUAUAACAAGUCACAUAAAGAUUAACAUCUUCCAUCCCAACACAAACUCUUCUCUGACUGGAAUCGAACGUUCACACCUCAUGAAGAUUAGACUGUUCUUUUUCCCUCUGUCAAGGCCUCCACUCAGCAAAGGGUGUACAGGCCAGGUUCAAUGGAGGGAAGCGCUUGGCUGUAGGCUUAAGUGAAGGUGGCAAGUUGAUUUGACUUUAGCUGAGAAAGCUACCAGGACAGUAGGAAUCUAGUGUGUUGCUCAUUGGCCUUCUGUAGUAAGAUUCCAUGUUCUCUGCUAAUGAAAGUCCAUUAUGGGUGACUGUGGAGGAGUACUAAGGACAUCGAUAGGAGAAAAUAGCCAAACUCAGUCUUGGUUUUGGCUUAUUCUUACAACUGCUUUAGUGAUUACUUCUUAGUUCGUAAAAAGAGCUGCAAACUGAGGAGCUGAAUUAGGGAGUGAGCAGGCUGGGGCUUUUCCCUUCUCCCCCAUUAGGUUUGUCUUUAAGGUAGACCCAAGCAUUGUUUGCUUUUGCUCUGCUGCUGUCCUGUUAAACAGAGUUGCUCACAAACCACCUCCUGUUCUGAGGAGCUAGGGACAUGAGUGAGAAGAACCACAAAUUGCACAAGUAAAGUGUCAAGAGAGAACAGCUCCAGCAAACCACAGCUGUACUCAAGAAGCCUUGCUUGCCUCCAUUCUCUUGGGCAGAAUGACUCCAGAGAUGGCUGUGACUUAGUAAAACACCUGUGAUCUGGGUAAUGAGAAGAAUCUGUCUUAACCAAGCAUUUGUGGAGCUGUGAUGGCAUGUCCGUUCUAUAGCAGUGGGAAUGCGGCACUUUCUUCUGGCUGUGGAGAGUGCAAUGCUAUUUUUUGAGUCCUGCACAAAUGAAGGAAGUGGCCUGGGGUGAGGUAUGUUCUACUUGCUUGCAUGUAGAAUCUAGAAAAGGCUAUUGCUCGCCCAGGCUGAUCAUAUUCAAAGGCACAGGGGUGCCUUUCCACAUGUUGCUGGUGUUCUGCUUUUCCCCUCUCGGCUUGCCUCUUGCCUAUUUCGGCUUAUUAGGAUAGGAACAACCUGUUGUGUUGCAUCUAUUAUCUUUUCACAUUUUUGUAAUUUUUUAUUGGUUGUUCAUAAAGGAUGGAGUAGUCUUUCACGCUCAUGGCAGCCUGAGAGGGUUGGAUAUGAGGGCAAAUAAAACUAAUUCAGUGAUCUUCUGUUAGCAAAUGACAUUUAAAGAUCUUGCAGGCUGUUUUUUGAAAGACUGGUGUGCGAUGCUCUGCAAAACAUCCAAGAGCAGCCCUAACAGGAAGAAUGAACUUUGUAUGGAGGAAAGGGGUGUCCUGCUAUUUUGGUCAAAAGGUCCAUUGCUGGAGUAGGCCCUAUGUGGGAGAAGGGCUUGUAGUUUUUCCUAGCAAUUUCCAUUCACAGAUUUAUAAAAGCUUUAUAGAGGGCAGCUUCUGUAACUACAGAUCACUCUGUAACUACAGGGGAAGUUUCUCUCCAUUUUAAUGACCUCUCUGAGAAACAUAUUUGCAUGUUCCCUUGUAAUACUAAGUACUUGUGUUUGACUAGACCCUCAAGGCAGGAACUCUCAAAUCAUGAUAGCGCUUUGGUGACAGUGUUGCUCAGGCUAGUGGAAGUUGGGAGCAGCAAGGCUUGAAUUUGUCAUUCAUGGAGAGUAUAAGGACCACUGGGCAAUCACCUUACAGAACAUAGCUGCUGGUGGUUAGCGUGACACUGUGGACUCUCAUGUUUCAUUGUGCUUUCCUAAUGAAGAUGAAUCCUGUACUGGCUAUUAACUAGAUCACAGUAAAUUGUUUUCCUGCCACUUUCAGGUUUCUGUUACCCAAAACCUAGAGCUGCUGUCCUGAUCACCUGAACAAAUGAGGAUUUUCACUUUUCUCCUUCAGAAUUUCAGGUGAAGUAGUAGCAGCUACUACUCUUCUUUCCUCUCCUGGGGGCCCAGCUGAGUUGGGGAGUAGCAGAGAACCCUAGAGGUGGGGUGAACAGGUUGGUUUCACUGUAUUCUGAAGUACUUUCCUAGCCCUGUUGCUACUUGAUUUUAAUCUUGUACUUCAGAAUUAGGACCCGACAAUGAGAGGGACCACAGUGGAGCAGGACUCUGCAGAGCAUGUUUCCAGUAAUAUGUAACAAAAUGACAUUAUAGCUAUCCCUGAGCUGAGCAACAGGCAUGUGUCUUGGCGUAUGCUGUUCUAUCCUGAAAACAGACUGCUGAUCUUCAUCUGCUUUGGGCUGUGUAUUUUGUUGUCUUUUUCCCCCACACCCUUAGUACUGUGACUGCCGUCUCCCACACUGGGGACAGAGACAGUAUGAUUACAAAUAGUAUCAGUGCCUGAGUUCUUGGUCAUGGCUUGGACAACCUGGUACGUGUACUGCUGCAGAAGUGAUGGAUUCUUUUUGCUGUGCGUGCUUUGAUGAAUACAGUUGAAGUUCUACCACAACUUGUGCCUGACGUAGCCCCACUUAGCAUCUGGUUUGGCUUUGGUAGCACAGGCAUUCUCCACAAAAGUACUCUCCUUGAUCCAAUGCUGGGAUUCCAGAGGUUCCUGCAAGCAAUUGCCUGGAGCACUUCAUUUGCUUGAGAGCUGGGCCGGGUUCAUCAGAUCUGUUAGCUGGGUUUUACAGGCUGUUGCAGUGCUGCUGCAUUGGAAUUCCUUCCUGAGGCCUAACAGCAAAACAGGAUCGCCUACACUCAUUAACAGAGAACAACUCAAUGCUCGCAAUCCGUGCCAAAUGGAAACCUUUAUUAGCAACAUAAGCGCAAGGGGGACACAAAUAGUUGUAUGACUGAAACUGAUUUAUGCAAAACAAACUGCAUUACAGGUCAAAUGAUUUCCAAGGAAGAAAGUAAGUCAAACUUGAUUUAUUUUAGUUGAAACAGGAAAAUGUUAAUGGAGAAAAAUGACAUUUUCCUAGGAACCAUCUUCAAAAGAAAAUGGGACAAAACAUGUAAUGGACAGGGCAGACCUGUACAGCCUAGCCCUCUUCUGCUGGGUAACACUGCUGUGUGCUGUGCAAGCCCAGGCAUGCUUCACUGUGGAAAAACAAGUCAGAAGAUAUGGACAUUAUAUACCAUCCAAUCUUGAAAGUAUCUGAGAAGGAAGACAGUAGUGUUUGAGGGUUUUCUCCAACAGUUUUGUUUUGUGUACAGUACAUAACUUGCAAAUGUUUUGUUCCUGUUCCCUUUGUGCACUAAAGAAAAUGAAACCUCUACAAAAGAG